AUGCAACACGUGUUGGCGGGUCGGGUAGGGCGUAGAACGUUUGGGCUGCUCAAUUUCAGUUAUCUCCGUAUAGGGCGAAGGAAUAGGAGCCACGGUGUAAGCGCAGGGAUGCCGCACGAAGCCGACGGGACGCGCCGGCGAAAAGCGCUCGACUUGCGAACCAUAAACCAGCGCGUGGUAGCGGCGCAGUACGCUGUGCGUGGUGAAUUGCCCACUCGCGCUGCGCGACUGCAACAGACUCUAGAAAAAGGAGGACCAGAAGCUGCCGCACUGCCGUUUAAGGAAAUAAUUUACUGCAACAUCGGAAAUCCACAGGCACUUGGGAACCCGCCAUUCACUUACCACCGGCGGGUCAUGGCACUGUGCGACUGUCCGGACUUGGCAGCGGCACUCCCGGAGAAGGAGCGUGAAAAACUGUUCCCCGCCGACGUGCGCGAAGCGACGGAACGAAUCCUACGCUCCGCUGGACUCGGCGGUACGGGAGCGUACUCGGACUCCCAGGGAGUGCCGAUCAUUCGACAAGAUGUGGCAGAGUUCAUGAACAAGCGGGACGGCAUUCACGAGGACUCCGAAUUUGCAGCUCGAGUGAAGGAUGUGUUUUUGACAAAUGGUUCAUCGAGCGCGAUCCUCAUGCUCAUGGCGCUGUUGAGCGGUUCCGACGCAGCGCUCAGCGCGGACGGUACCAACGGCGUAUCGCAUGGACGCGAAACACGUUCCAUGCGACCGGGUGUGCUGAUUCCAGUGCCACAGUAUCCGAUUUACUCGGCGCUUUGCACAGUCCUAGGGAUCGAAGCGCUACACUACCAUCUCGUUCAGGAGCAGAAUUGGUCUAUUCAAGUCACGGAGCUAACGGAACAGGUUCGACAGGCACGCUCCCGUGGCAUCGAAGCGCGCGCCCUGGUCGUCAUCUCACCGGGGAAUCCUACCGGACAAUUGCUUCAUCCGGCGAACAUGCGAGAACUGAUGGAUUUUGCGUAUCGAGAGGGACUCCUACUCCUGGCUGAUGAGGUCUAUGCAGACAACGUGUACUUGGAUGGUCGGAAAUUCGAGUCGUUUCGAAGAGUGCUGCAUUCGAGUAUGCCGGAGGAGGUCCAGGAGUCGCUGGAACUCGUGUCGCUCUACUCCGCCAGCAAAGGGCUUGUCGGAGAGUGUGGUCGCCGCGGCGGCUACAUGCUGUUAUCACCGGGCGUUACAAACGAGGCACGUGAACAACUCCUGAAACUCGCUAGUAUCAUGCUCUGCCCAAACCUCGGCGGACAGGUCAUGAUCGACUGUGUGGUGCGCCCGCCGGAGCCGGGCCAACCAUCAUAUGAGCUCUACCAGAAAGAGAAACUUGAGCGUUAUGAAAGUUUGCGGCGACGUGCGCAUCGCGUUGUAGAGGCAUUUAAGAGUAUGCGCGGUGUGCAAUGCAACCCUAGUGAGGGCGCCAUGUACGCCUUUCCGAGCAUCACUGUGGGCACGAAAGCACUCCAGGCAGCGCAAAAGUCCAAUAUGCCGCUGGAUACGUUUUACUGUGUCAGCCUUUUGGAACGAACUGGUAUCUGUGUGGUGCCGGGCGCAGGGUUCGGCAUGCAUUCCAAUGAACCAACAUCCAGUGUCCCGAACGGUUCGUGUCGGUUUUACCUGCGGACGACUAUUUUGCCUCCGGAGGAAAAGCUCGAACCCGUCAUCGCGCUGCUUCGGGCUCAUCACGAGGAGUUUCUUCAAAAGUAUCCCCCGGACUAA